AUGAAGAAAUUGGAGUAUCCGAUGGCGCUAACAACCCUGGAGGCCCAGCAAUGCACAGACAUUAUGUCUCCGGUACUUCAAGUGUGCCUUCCAAAGGCAGGUGUCUGUCGUAAUUUCCCUCGGGAUGUCGUAUUUGCCCCGCUGUCCUAUCAGGGUCUUGGACUUCCACAUCCGUUUGGUUGUCAAGUGUUUAAGCAUCUUGAGAUGUUGCUCCGACAUAUGGCCAACAGGACCAAAACUGGUGACUAUAUGGAGGCCAACAUCCAAGCCCAUCAACUUGAAACGGGGACGUCAUUUGGACUUCUGCAAUUAGUCUACUCCAACACGGCGAUCCUCGCUUCAGACACGUGGUUGAAACGAGUCUGGCAUGAGCUCGAAGGUUUGGACAUCUAUAUCGCCUAUGACUCUCCAGCCCUCUCCCUUUGA